CUCACAUCAGCCACCACCACUGUCUCAGUAUCAACCAUAUCUCCUCCAUUACAAUCUCCACAGUUUUGCCACAUUCCCAGACCGCAGAAAUUGCAGAUUCAUAAUCUCUGCGCGCAAGUUCUCCACCAAAUUUGGCGGAAUAGAGACGAGGACGAAAAUGGAGAGGGAUUCUUACUCUAGCCUUCUCUGUUUGGAUGAGGAUGUAGUGGAUGAAGAAGCCUUCAUUAGCUUCAAAAACUGCACACCUUCGAAUACUGAAGAUGAUGAGUACGUACAACUGUUGGUUGAUAGAGAGAUGAGUUUUGGGAUUAAAACAAACCAUUCAUUCUUGAUUUUGAACUGGGUUAAGCUUGCUCGUCUCGACGCAGUCGCAUGGAUUCUCAGAACAAGAGCGGUGUUUGGAUUCCGCUUCCAAACUGCCUACCUGUGUGUGGCUUAUCUGGAUCGGUUUCUUUCUCGGCGAGCCAUUGAUAGCGACAAAACAUGGGCGAUUCGAUUGCUGUCAGUGGCGUGUCUUUCUUUGGCGGCGAAGAUGGAGGAAUGCAGAGCUCCGGCGCUAUCGGAAUUCGCUGUUGAAGAAUACAAUUUUGAGAGCAAGGUGAUUCAGAGAAUGGAGCUCUUGGUAUUGAAUACAUUGGAAUGGAGGAUGGGUUCAAUUACACCUUUUGCUUUUAUUCAUUACUUCAUCACAAAAUUUUGCAAUCAAUCUCCACCACCAAAUGUGGUAUCAAGGACUGUACAACUCACCAUGGCUAUAAUGAGAGAGAUAAAUCUAAUGGAUCAUCGACCAUCUGUUAUUGCUGCCGCAGCAGUAUUGGUGGCAUUGGAUCAGAGAUUAACAAGAAAUGAAUUGGAGUGUAAGAUGAAUGCCAUCUCUUCAUGUGGAUCUCUUCAACCUGAGGAUGUGUUUUCAUGCUAUAGUGUAGUGCAGGGGCUUGACAAGGAGAAGCGUGCACUUUCACUAAACCCGUCCACUACCCAAUUGAGGCCAGCCGUUGAUGUGCAUGAAAAUUCUUCAGUUACUUCUUCCGCUAGCACCAAAAGAAAAAGGCUUACCUUCUAUGAUUGUGAUCCAAAUUAUGGAACACCCAAUGAGAAGCGACCUCGCUAGCAAAAACCCCGGCUGUGGUAGCUUUAGUAGAUGAUUAUUGGGCUAAUGGGUCUUUCUUAAUUACCAGUUUAUGGAUAUAAUUCGAGGUUGAUUGAGUGUCUCAUCAAGGAAACUAAUAGAAAGGGGAAACAGAAGAGGAAAAAAGUACACACA